AUGGAGAAUUUGAAAAAUGAGAACAAGAGUAUGGUCGAAGAUCUUCAACAGCAAAACAAUAGCUUGAAAACGGACCUGGAAAAAUUGUUCGAUGAAAAUCAGAAUUUAAAAACUGAUUCGGAAUCGUAUCGGGAUCAACUACAAGAGCUGAAAGAACAAAAUUCGUCGAACACGGACACACAACCAUCGGAGGUAAUUCAUACUUUGAAGAAUUUAUCCAGAAAUAUGAUUUUAUUUUCAUUUAUUCAUUUAUUCAAUCAGACAGUAUGUAUAAUUUAUUCCAACAGCAAUGAAAAGAGUUUACAUACGAACAGUAGAAUAUUUACAGAUUACAUUAGAAGAUUUACAGUUCUUUUAAGAUUUUGAUUUGAUUGCCUUAUAUAUGAAUUAUAUGCAUUGGUUGUGUCAGUUCCAAUUUGAAUCUGUGACAACCAAUUUAGUCUGUUCUGAUUUUAUUACCGUAAUCUAUAGCGGUUACCGAAUUAUGGGGAAAUGCUGUGUGCAAAUGCGGGCGAUAAAAUUUUAAUUUUGCAUUUUUCACGUGUAAACAUUCACCAUUAGAGAGUUUAAACUUCGCGUUAUACGUCAAACGGCAAGGCAGAGAAAAAUUUUACGGUAUCAGGCAAUAAAUAGUACAUGAACUUCCUGUUUUAAAACUGCAAUGUAUUGUUAUUCUUUUGGCACAAGAAAGAAAAUAUGAAACGAAAAUGUUCAAUGAACAUUUUGCCAAGAAAGCUCGAACCUGCCGUUUGCCGUUCCCGGAAACGUUAAGCUUAAACUCCCUAAUACUCAUCAGAUUAACGGGAAAUGUAUCCUUUGUCACAAAUUAUCAUAUAAAAACUACAUUUAUCGCCGUAUUUGCUCAUAAUUUGGUAACCCCUGUAGUAAAACAGAACGAAGAAGGUUCUUUUGAUUCUAACCAAUUUGAUUUAAUUCGUUGCAUUUUAGGCUGCUAUUUUUUCUUUUUAUACGAGAGAAACAGACGUUUUACAACCAUUUUAUUCGAUGGAGCACAUAAUUUACAGAAAUUGGCUAUUACGAAAGUCACCGAACUGUGGAAUUGCAUGAAAAAUUCGUAUAUCGACCACUCCCACAAACGUCUACAACCUCGCCUACCUAUUUUUGCAUGUUUACAAUUCCAAUUUUAAACAGCCAAUCGACGUUUCAUUGUAAUUGUUACCAAGAACCUGAUUGACUGUUCAAAAUUAGAAUUGUAAACAUGCAAAAAUAUGUAGGUGCGGUCGUAGACGUUUGUGGGAGUGGUCGAUAUACGAAUUUUUGAUGCGAUUCCACAGUUCGGUGACUUUCGUAAUAAAUAGUCCGUCGAAAUUCAGAAGCAUUAAUUCAACCAAUUGAGCCUUGUGGAAAAGGGUCUUAAAACAGAACACCGAAAUGUUUGGGCGGAGAUGAUUUUCCUAUAUCAACUGAGUUUGGAAUUAGGUCCGAUUUUUAGAUAUAAUAUAACUCAAUACACAGAAUAACCUUUUCCAUACAAACAUCAAGGUCCGUUUUCGAAAUUUAUUAAUAGUAGAGGUAUCAGUAAAGAGAGAUUUGACUGUCAUUUUUAAAUUUUACACUAAAUGUUACUAGGCUUCAUGUGAAAAUUGUCGCAGACGAAGUACGACAAAGCAGGGUAGACGGGAAAGUGAAGUAUUCAAGUCGAUGUUGGAGGAUAUUAAGGAACACAUUGGCAAUGAACACAUCGAGCAG